UGGGGAUAAGCCCAGCAUCUUGGGGCCAUGGAGGAGGCGGUGGUCAUGGAGACAGAGUUGCCCAAAAUGCCCGAGGAGGAGGCUCUGUCGUUCCAGGAGUCUCCCCUUUCCCAAGAAAAGAGUGCAGAGGAAGGCAAAGUGGCAGCUCUGCACCUCACAGCCAGAUCCCAGGGAAUAACAGUGACAUUCAAGGACAUGGCCAUGGACUUCACACCAGAAGAGUGGGGGAAGCUGGACCCUACACACAGGGUGGUGAUGCUGGAGAACUACAGGAACCUGGUCUCACUGUGGCUUCCCAUUUCCAAACCUGAGAAUUUCGAUUUGGAGAAUGGAAAAGAGCCAUUGACGCUUGAGAGAAAAGUGCCCAGUAGCAGCUAUCCAGACAUGGAGACAAGACCCAAGAGCAAGGAUUCAACUUCAGUGCAAGAUUUUCCCAAAGAACAUUCCUGCCAGGUUGCAGUAAUAGAGAGACUGACAAAGAGUAAUGGCUUGGAAACAGCUCUUGAAAGUGACAGCUGGUUAGAGAAUCUGCAAGGAAGUCAGGAGAGACACUUGAGAGAAAUGUUCACCCACAUGAGUUCAUUACCUGAAGAAAAAGAUCAUGAACAUGAUGUUGACUGGGAGAACUAUAGUCAGAAGUCUGUUCUUACCACUCAAGACAGAGUUCCCAAAGGAUCCUGUUCCUUUCCUACACUUGAUAAAAGAUUGAAACACAAGUUGAGCUUAAUAAAAAUGCAGAGAACUUUUAAAGAAGGAAAAUGUCAUCACUGCAAUGAUUGUGGUGGACUUUUCACUUACCAUUCAGUACUUAUUCCACUCCAGAGAGUCCACACUGGAGAGAAACCUAAUACCUGCAAUGAAUGUGGGGAAUCUGUUAGCCACAGAGCUAACCUUACAAAGCACCAGAGAACUCAUACUAGAAUUCUCUUUGAGUGCAACAAAUGCAGGAAAACCUUCACAGAAAGCUCGUCCGUUCCAAUUCAUCAGAGAAUUCACAUUGGAGAAAAACCAUAUGAAUGUAGCAAAUGUGGGAGGAGUUUUAACCGAAGUACACAUCUUGUACAACAUCAGUUGAUUCAUACUGGGGUUAAGCCCUGGUGUAAUGAAUGUGAUAAAGCAUUCCUUCAUUUAUCAGCACUCAUUAUACAUCAAAGAACUCAUACUGGAGGGAAACCCUAUAAAUGUUAAGAAUGUGGGAAAGCCUUUAGCCACUGUUCAUCCCUUACUAAGCACCAGAGGGUUCAUACUGGAGAAAAGCCAUAUGAAUGUAGCAAAUGUGGAAAAACUUUUAGUCAAAGCACACAUCUUGUUCAGCAUCAGAGAAUUCAUACUGGAGACAAACCCAAUGAGUGUAGUGAAUGUUGGAAAACCUUUAGUUGGAGCUCACAUUUUGCUAAACAUCAAAAAAUUCAUAUUGGAAAGAAACCCUGCCAAUGUAGUGAGUGUGGAAAAGCCUUCAUUCAUUCAUCAGCUCCUAUUCAACACCAGAGAACUCAUACUGGAGGGAAGCCCUUUAGAGGUAAUGAAUAUGGGAAAAGCUUUAAGUGUGGUUCAUCCCUCAGCAGACAUCAAAGAAUUCACACUGAAGAAUAA